UUAUUGAAUCUUUGGGGAUUAUUAUUUAUAAAGCACUGGACUAUGGUUUGAAGGAGAGUGAAGAGAGGGAAUUGAGCCCUCCCCUCGAGCAGCUCAUCGAUCACAUGGCCAACACGGUAGAAGCCGAUGGUAGCAACGAUGAGGGCUAUGAGGCUGCAGAUGAAGGCCUGGAAGACGAAGACAAUGAAAAGAGGAAGGUCUCAGCUAUUCGGUCAUAUAGAGAUGUCAUGAAGUUAUGUGCUGCUCAUCUCCCAACUGAAUCAGAAGCGCCAAAUCAUUAUCAGGCAGUAUGUCGUGCACUAUUUGCAGAAACAAUGGAGCUACACACAUUUCUGACCAGAAUUAAGAGCGCGAAGGAGAAUCUUAAGAAAAUUCAAGAAAUGGAAAAGCGUGAUGAAUCUAGCACAGACUUGGAGGAGCUGAAAAAUGCUGACUGGGCACGAUUCUGGGCACAGGUGAUGAGGGAUUUGAGGAAUGGGGUAAAACUUAAGAAGGUCCAAGAGCGGCAGUAUAACCCUUUGCCCAUUGAAUAUCAGCUCACCCCUUAUGAGAUGCUAAUGGAUGACAUUCGGUGCAAAAGAUACACUUUGCGAAAAGUGAUGGUGAAUGGUGAUAUUCCCCCUCGGCUAAAAAAGAGUGCUCAUGAAAUCAUCCUCGACUUCAUCAGAUCAAGACCUCCUUUAAAUCCAGUCUCAGCCAGAAAACUGAAACCAACCCCACCACGGCCACGGAGCCUCCAUGAAAGAAUAUUAGAAGAAAUUAAAGCAGAAAGAAAGCUGCGCCCUGUCUCACCAGAGGAGAUUAGACGUAACAAAUUAUAUGUACCUACCCCUGAAUCUCCGAAGAAUGUUGUGGAAUCAUCUGUAGUGAAUGGAGGUUUAACAUCACAAACAAAAGGAAAUGGGUUAAGUGCGGCACAGCAGGUGCCUGUGCAGCGGAAGAAGCUCCUCAAAGCCCCCACCUUGGCUGAACUGGACAGCUCCGAGUCAGAGGAGGAAACUCUGCACAAGUCGUCCAGCAGCAGCAGCGUGUCUCCCUCCUUCCUGGAAGACGCAGUACUGGAGGCGGCAUCCGCCAGGAAGAAGCCUCCAAAAUUCUUGCCCAUAUCAUCAACACCGCAGCCAGAGAGAAGGCAGCCACCCCAGAGACGACAUUCCAUUGAGAAGGAAACGCCCACUAACGUGAGGCAGUUCCUGCCACCGUCGCGGCAGAGCUCCCGCUCUCUCGAGGAGUUCUGCUACCCAGUGGAGUGCCUUGCUCUCACUGUGGAGGAAGUGAUGCAUAUUCGCCAGGUGCUGGUGAAGGCGGAGCUGGAAAAAUACCAACAGUAUAAAGAUGUCUACACUGCCCUGAAAAAAGGAAAGCUCUGCUUUUGUUGCCGAACCAGGAGGUUUUCCUUCUUCACCUGGUCUUAUACCUGUCAGUUCUGUAAGAGGCCGGUGUGCUCACAGUGUUGCAAAAAGAUGCGGCUGCCUUCCAAGCCAUACUCCACUCUUCCUAUCUUUUCGUUGGGACCUUCUGCCUUGCAAAGAGGGGAAAGCUGUGUGAGGUCAGAAAAACCCUCUACCGGCCACCAUCGGCCACUUCGGAGCAUUGCCAGGUUCUCCUCAAAAUCUAAGUCUGUGGACAAAUCAGAUGAAGAACUCCAAUUUCCCAAAGAGCUGAUGGAGGACUGGAGCACCAUGGAGGUGUGUGUGGACUGCAAAAAGUUCAUUUCGGAAAUCAUCAGUUCAAGCCGGCGCAGCCUGGUGUUGGCCAACAAAAGAGCCCGAUUAAAAAGGAAAACACAGUCUUUCUAUAUGUCCUCACCAGGCCCCUCGGAGUACUGCCCUUCAGAGAGGACGAUCAAUGAGAUCUGAGCCUCGUGCCUUUCGGUUGCUUUUGUGUUCAGAGUCGGCAUCAGUGCACGAGAACACUGAACCGGACUGUCUCUCCCUUCCAUGGUUUUAUUUAAUAGGCUUGAAUUUGCAUUAGAUCAGAUUCUUUGCUGCAUCACAUUGUUCCACAGACUGAAUGCUGUGUUUAUAUCGAUUGAUGAUACGUGACAGGUCAGCCAAUUGCUCGUUUGCACUGAGAGAGGACAGUAGUUUGAAACUUGCUUUUGUGUGUCUGUGGGCUUUGGAAGCCAGAAACUUUUUCCUUAGUUCAGUUUUUUAUUGUUCCGCGAAUAAUUUCCUGACUAAGGCAAAAAGCUUCUCCUAUGAGAAAUCAGCCUAACGGAGGUGUCGAUGUUAGCACAGUCCUAAGCAGUAAGUCAUAUUGGCAUUUCCACGCGACAGUGUUUCUACCCCAUGUACAUAGUGAUCCGGAGCCCUGCCACACACCCGGGACCUGGAGGCGGGCCAGGCUGUUUAUCGUCUUACGGCACAAAACCUAGAAGGAUUCGCUGACGCUAUCAACUGAUCUUUAAGUUAUUGUUGCUCUGAGAUAAAAAUUACACAAGGGACUUUACAUCUGCAUUCUAGUGCAAAACAUCUGAAUGAGCCGCACGCCCACCUGGGUGGCUGUUUCCUCUGAGCUGCCGUGUUUGUCCCGGUGCCAUGGAUCAGAGUCUCCCAAGUGGGGGACAGGCUUUCAUUCCCUUUCUUGAAUGUAUUACGGUUACUAAUAGUUUUAUAACGAGUGUCUAAGAAUUAAAGCUUUGUGGGAGCCUCAGGACAAAGGAAGGCUAAAGACUUGGCAAGAAGUGCGUGUAUUUGUUAACUGCGAGGAGGGCUGCGGCGGCGUAGGUGCCAGCUGUCGGCCGCGCUGCGGGACGGGAGCUGGAGCUCGUGAUUCUCAGCUGUGUUUUUCAUAACUUUAUAGUGCAGCCAUCAUGACUAAAUUAAGCCACAAUUUGGUAUCUAAGGUCUCAAACUGAAAUUUAUUUUUAUAAAUGAAUUUUAAAAGAAAAA